AUGCCUAAGAAGAAAAGAGAUUACUCAAGUUGCGAGAGUAAUUUUAGCAACUGUAAACCAGUUAAGUCCCGUCAGAAGGUAAGAGAAGAAAAAUUUGACAAAGUGGGCAGUAUGUUAGAGGUUUUCUUUUUCGCUGUUUCCAGACAUGUUCGGCUGACAUUGGAGUACUCUGCAUGUGCCCGGCAGUGGAAAUUUUCUCAUUUUCUACUCUGCUUUGUUUUACUCUUGGCCCUGGCCUACAUGUAACUUACCUAAUCUACCGGACUGCGAAAAGAAAAGCUGAUUUUGUCCGGCCGCAGCCGCCCUCCCGCGACUACUGAGGUUUUCCGUGACGCGUGAUGGGUCCCAUCCUCGGAGACCCAAGGGCAGUAAGUCGGGUUGGGAGAAAGGGCGGGACGAAAGUCUUCAAGUACGGGUGAAAGAGCCCCUGGGUACCGACUCUCAACAAUCUAAGCGGAUGCCGGGUCCUGAUUGGGCACAAAAAAUGUUUUGUAUUAUUGUGCCCAAUUAAUUGGCAAACAGUUUCUGCUGGGUUCUUUUCGUGAGUUCGUACACGACGGCUAUUGUCUUGCCACACUUGCCCAGUUUGUUCACCAAGCUUGUGUGUGCAAGGAAAACUUUUAUUUUCUACUUUCCUAACCAGAAACAAAGGAACUACUGUUUUGCCAUCGAAAAAACGUUUGGGAUGUUAUCAACAGGAGCAAUUCAAUUUGCCCCGAGAACAUUCUGUUUUUGACUCAUCACAAUAUAUCGUAAAUAAUGGCAAGUUUAAGAUGCGGUGGCGACGAGAAAGUCAAAUAAGCAAUAGCUUGGCAAGGCAAAAAAACACUGCAUAUGCAUCACACUUUUUUGUACAUUUCUUUGCCUUCAACUGCACGACUACCUGUGAAAAAGCCUAAUCAGUCAUGUUUUGUGAAGGACGUAAACAAGCAAUGACAAAAUUCAUUCUCUUCAUGAACUUGGAUAUGGUUGAUAAAAAUUCAGCUCCAGAAGAGUUUGUUUGCACUUGACAAAGUAAGCCAGUUGGAAUAAUCACGAUAGAAACUGAAGAAAUGGGAAUUCCCUCUUCCGUGCGACGUUUUUGUGGUUGGCGGUCAUCAUGGUAUCUUUUAAAAACUCCCUAAUAUUCAUGCAAGACAUGACAGAUGCAAGCGUGAAUACCUGUUAUAAGCUCAAGCUUGUAUUUUUGGAAAAGGGUCUUUAGUUUUCGGGCAGACAGUGUUUUGAAAUCAGAUGGGGAUUUUAUAUCAAACUGAAAGUUUCCCGACUGCGUGCAUUUCUUUGGUGCAUGAGAGACAAGCCGUGAUUGAGACAAUAGCCGUUGUGUACGAACUCAUGAACUCAGGAGAAACUGUUCGCUGAUUGGGCACAAUAAUACAAAGCAUUUUUUGUGCCCAAUCAGGAGCCGGCAUCCGCUUGAAUUUUUGAAAAUAGCUCGGUGAGAGUCGGUACCCAGGGGCUCUUUCGCCCGUACUUGCAAACUUUCGUCCCGCCUUUUCUCCCCACCUGACUGACUGUCCCUGGGUCUCCGAGGAUGAAUGGGUCCCAAAUUAUCAGUGUGAUGCGUGAUUGGGUCCAAAAUAGCUGCGUGAUGCAUGACUGGACAUAGCAGUGUGAUGUGUGAUUCACUAUUUUCAUAAUAAGUGACCCAUGAUUUUCUUUUCUGAUUUCCGUGAUUGCUGAAUGUCAUUUGAAACUAGAAGCGCAGACAUUGAAAUCAGGUAGUCAUGACAUCAUUUUCUGGUCCCUUUUCGUAUUCCUCAAGCUCAGCUGAUCUCCUUUAAAAAUCAUAUCUUGACUUACAUGAUGGCAAAUUUAUUUUCCCUCUGAUGAGGGUUGUACUAAAAAAAGUCAGUGUGAUGGGUGGUAGGUAACUCUCCUUUGCCACCCUGUAAGACCUUAUCUUCUUUUUUGUAAGCUUACAAAAACUCACAAACAGUUUGCAAGAAUAGACUCGUACAUGGUACAGUUGUGGGAUGAGUACUGCACCCUAACCUUUCACCUUGGGUGCCACGCCGGUGGAAAUCUUGUGCAGUCUUCGGUGUACUGGUGCUCGUAACCAUUUAGACCAAUAGUAAACCAUAUCAUAUCAAAAAUAUGGUGGAACCCUUUUGAAACGUCCACCUUUGGAAAACCUGUAAUCCCAUAUAAUGAGACUGCGGUCAUCAUUAGCAGAGCUGAUAAACAAACUCUUAAUAGUAAGAAAUUUAAUAUUUUCACCUUCGCUAUUUUUUAUCAGUCAAACAGAGAAAACAGUGAUAUUGAAUUGAUCAUAUCGCUUGACAGAAGAUGGAUAAAAAUAACACAACAAUGCACAUUGUGUAAAUAAACACAUUGUUAAGGUGCAUUAAUGCUCCCUUUGAUACCUGACUCAAUAGUUCAUGUAUAUCAGAUAACCGAAAGAACAUCCUUAUAUUUCUGCAGUGUCUAUCCCUGCUGAAACCAAACUAAUAAUGCACUAUACUUCACUGGCGAUUACAACCUAAAAAUAAAGGUUUGAAUUUCUUACAUAGCAUUACCAUUUUCAGAUACCAAGAAUUUCUUAUGACCAGGAGCCCAUCACCUCCUGCUAUGACACAGUACAGCCACAAAAUCCAGCCUCAAAUAGUAAAGGAAAACAGAAUCGUUCUUUCGUAAAGCAAAUUAGGAAGAGGGUAAGGAUUUAAGCUAUGUCUGUAUUUGUAGCUGGUGUCUAUGCUCUUUAAAUUUUUUUUUAGAAGGCUUGCCAGAUCUUUUAUGGCAUGCCAUGUCUUUUAACCCAUUCGCCCUUGGAGAUUUUGCUGAAAAAUGCAUUUUGAAGCAAGUCAAGCGGUUUUCUGGUCACUGUCGCACUAGUAAGAGCUAAAACUUACCAAAAAGCCAUUUACAGGUUGUACACUUUGUAGCCUUCUGAUCCAGAUGCAACAUACUAGCUUGUGAAGAUCGGGCAUGUGCAGAAAGCAAAAUUUCAAGCUAGUUUUUGGGUUAAAAAGUGACACAGCAGUCUUGACUUUUACUUUUCACUUUCUCUCCUCCCUUCUUUUUUCGUCUUUCUUACCGCAUUUUUUUUAUUUUGCUGGGCAUUGUUUAGGCUUCAUUUUGGUGGGAAAAGGUUUUGGGAAAGCUUUUAGGAUCUUAGUGGAACAUCUAUCAUCUAUCAUCUAAAAACUGCAAAUUUCUAAGAAUGAUGACUUUUUACCAUACAUGUAGAUGAUACCAAAGACAAUAAUAAUACUCUUUUUUUCUUUUCAGUUGGAUAAGUGGUACUCAGCGACAAAAACUCCAGCAUGUGUGAUAUACCUAAGAGGUGGUACUGUUCUCUGUGAAGGUAAAGUCUAUUGUAGAUUUUUAAUCAGUUUACAUGUCAACCACAUCUUGGUAAAUCUCGUACUUGGUAUUGUUAAAAGCAGACAGAGCACAAAUUUUAAAAUUUUUGUUGCAUACUUGAACAAGGGACUUGUAGUAGAUAACUUAAAGUGAACUGAGCAAAACAUCACCAGGAUUUUCAGACCAAUAAAAUAAGUAUAUUUUACUUUUAGAGUUUGAACAAGCCUGAGAUAAUCUUGCAUCAAAUUUAAUUGCUCGGUAGAAACUAAGUAAGGUAAUAGACAUUGAUGCAUGUAAUAAUUUGACUUUUACUGAUGUACAGAUGUACUUGUAACCACAGUUAUGCCUUCUCUUGAAAGGAUCACUGCUGAUCACAUCCCUUCAAUUUAAAUACAGCUUUUUGACAAGUUUAUUUUGAUAUAAAGUUCACCUUGAAUUAAGCUUAUUUACAGUACAUUUCCUAUCUGCACUCACUUGAAUCAUUAUCAUUAUUUUUGCCAGGCCCUGAAUUUCUGAAAGCCAGGUUUGGUAGAAAUGUUGACAUACAGAGGAAGUUCCUUCUUGCUGUCCUUAAUCAUGGUUAGUCACUGGGACAAUAAAUUGCAGUUAUUCAGACUGUUCCAUAAAAAUGUAACUGCUUGCAGAAGUACAUACAGUGAAAUACACCAUACAAGAUGUUGUGGAUCAAUGAUAUCAUGUAUUCAAUUACUUUUUGUUUGUUGUCCCAUGAGUAAUAUUAUAAUAGUGAAACAAUAAAGAGAAAAAAUUUCCAGGGGCAAACUUAAAUCACAUCAUAAUUACAGAUAUGUUUUAUGAUAAAUACUUUUACUUAAUUCAGCUGAUUUGAGUAACAUAAUGGUGAUUAGUGAGUUAUUGGUCAUAAAUAAUAUUUUUAAAACAGUGUUAACCAGGCUGGGCAGAUCCAGAAAAUUCAGAAAGAAAGGAUCCAAGAAAUUGAGGGGGUCACCUGUCCACUGAAAAAUCUGGGCCAUGGAGAUACUUUUUAUUAGCACACAGAAUGUAACUUCUGUUGGGAUGUUAAUUAUACAAUGUAGGCUUUGGAAGACAGAUUCCCAGAUAAUUUUUGGGAUAUGCUAAUCUCCUUGAGCAAGGCUUAGAGGCACCCAUUAUAAUAAUAAUAAUUAUCAUUAUAAAAUUUUUAUGCAGAAGUUUACUUCUAGGUAACAACGUCCAGUCUGAAGAGGAGAUUUCCUCCGAGAAUGUGAAUGGCGAAGCACAUUUUCCUGUUUCCCUUCCACCAGAAGGAGGAAAUUAUAAAGUUGAAGAUCUUCGAAAAAUUGUCACAUCUUGUGUGACCAUUGGGAAAAGUGGUAAUGGUAUUAAAUAUUAUCUAACUGCAAGCUAUCCUGAAUCCAGACUUUUAAUUGAGUUGACAGUUCAACCGCAUUCAUCGGGGAAAGGGGGGGGGGGAGUACUGUUGAAGCAAGUUGGGAAAGAAAAGACCCGCCUGGCCUCCCAGGUGAACUUUGCCUCCCCCAUUCUCUGAAUCUAAAUUUCAGGCACUUUAGUCUGAAAUAAGGUACAUUUGUUCACAUGCACAGUUGUGUAGAAUUCACUAAGGAUAUGCUAGAGUUAGAAAAAGUUCAGUGAAGAGCCUCUCGGCUUGCUCUCAGGCAAAAUGAAAAUGCUAUUUCUGUAGAUUCUGUGUUUGUCCAGCAUCAAGGCCACCUUAUCAUGUCGUGGUUGCAAACCAAGAAUAAAAGCACUGUUCAGUGUUUGUUGCCUACUUUUCCUCUACAAACACAUGACUAACAGUUAGCACACAGAUGAAUGUGUGUUGCACUGUUAAUGAAAUAUCUCCUUAAGUUCAUCGUUAUUUGAUUGUUUUGUUUCUGUAUUAUAAAUUAUAGGGUAUUGUAAUCCCUAUUGGGGAAACGCAGAAUAUCGACCCUGCUGGUGGCCACAGGAAAUUCCAUUUGCCUCACCCUGCACAGGAAGUAUGUCGUGGCUAAAAUAGUAAUACUCAGUUGUCAUCUAUUAUGUAGAUGUCAUAGGUCAAAAUUUAAUCUAGGCUAACCUCUUUUCAAUUUACGUUGAUUCUCAGUCUGCUUUGUUCCCUACCCCCCCCCCUCCCCCUUACAGGGCUACUUCAUAGUUAUAGUGAGGGGGAUGAUUGAAAGGGGGCAAACCUCAAAACCCAAAAAUGUCCCUAAACCAAAAAUCUCAAGCGAAGUUUUCUUGCCUUAAAAAUCCUCCAUAAAAGACAUAACAGAAAAAAAUUUGAUGUGUGUGGUUGUUCCUUCAUACCAUCUGCAGUUUGCAUGAGCUAUAGAUUAAAGUACAUGGUUUUCUAUCUACCUCUUAAGUGAGUUUUAUAUAAAGUAAAAAGAACAAGAUGAAAAAUGCCUCCUGGCCAAAAAUCAACCUGUCAGUCAAAAUUGGUGGUGAGAUAUAAGCAGUGUUACUCUGAUGUCUCAAUUUAGAUCCUUCAAGAAAUAGGCCUUGUCGUAAUCUCACUACCAAUUUCCACUAACAGGCUUAUUUUUGAAAACAGAACAUUUUUAAUAAUCUUGUGAUUUCUGGAUUUGCCAAACAGUUCAAAUUUUCAUAAUUAUCGUCAAAUUUUUGUGUUAUCACCUGAUUUUAGUCUAUUUAGAAAUCUGCUUGUUCCAUCUUUCAACUCUUUACAUGUUUCUUGUAAUUUAUCACAGUCUGUCUACCCUGGGUGCCAGAGACUUUUCUAGUGCAGUUUCCGGUUUCUGUCAAGUCUUUAUAGGGACCUGUGGUGCCACUCAAGAUUCCUCCUGCACGCAAGAAGAAAACCUCCUGUACCCGGGUACAUCCUGUCACAAAAGACUGGGAGCUGGGGAUUUCCCCCUAACUACUUUUAUAGGAUAAUUAAUACAAGAGGAAAACAGAGCCAAUUGAAAAGAAAUCCCUGGCUGUUCCUGUUUACUAUUAACUGAAUAUAGCCAGUAUCUCAAAAUCUUAUAUCACAUUUAUGUGUAUAAUUAUGGAAAAUGUCAGAUAGUUAUACAAUAAUGUACUUGUAAAAGGUCAAAAUGAAAUUCAGGUUACCUGGGUUAGUUCCCAGUUUUGUUUGUCUCCUCACCUUAAUCAUUCAUGCAUAGGGGCAAGCAGACAAGGGAAAUUGAGAAUCAGUCUAGGAUGAAUCUGUAUUUAAUUUUAACUGUAACAUACUUGUUCAAUUAACAUAAUCAUUGCUUUCAGAAUCCAGAUUAUCCAAGAUGCAUCUUGUCAGGGUGAUGGAAUGCUAUCGUUCAUUUUAUUCAUCUAAAACCAGUUCAGGUCCACAUAUUGUACCAGCACAGCAGGUCAGUAGUGGUGAUGAAGAAACCACAACCCAAGAAGAUGGACAGGAACCUGGUGCGCAUAAAAUGAUAUUUAUAUUGUAUUACCACAGCAGGACAGUAGUAGCAAUGUAGAGGUCUACAAUGACCCCAGAAGAUGCAGGCCAGUGUCCUGUUUCAUGCACAUAUUAGGGAGCUUAAGCAUUGUAAGCAUUUUUGAGCGACAGACUUCAGCCAGAAGUGGACUUUCUGUAUCACUGGGCAGUGGUUUGGUUCAAACUCUCGCGUAAAUCGUCUAUAAUUAUACACUGUAAGAGAAAAGAAACUUAGCAAUAGAAAUUUGUUAGCAUCAAGGCGUAUAAAAAGAUAGAAGGCCAUACUUUGAGUUGACAUGGGUGGCUAAAAAAUGUCUUUCCUUAAGCUCCCUCUUGUACCACCAUGGCUGUAACAUUGGUGAACGUUGAAAAUAUUGGUCACAAAUAAUGUUUUGCCUCUUUAAUUAAAGGCUUAUUCCUAAUACUUAUAUUUACCAGGCCAGGCAGAUCUAGGAAAUUAAGCAGUCAAAGAAGUGGUGGGGUUCACCUAUCCACUGAAAAAUCUAGAACUCUGUCUCCUCAAGCAAGGCUUAGAGCCACCCAUUAGGAUAAUCAUAAUUAUCAUUAUCAUUAUCUUUAUGCAGUACAUGUAGUUUUCUUCCAGAUAGCAACGACCAGUCUUUAGAGGAGAUUUCCUCCCAGAACAUGAAUGCCCAAGCACAUUUUCCUGUUUCCCUUCCACCAGAAGGAGGAAAUUGUAAAGUUGAUGAUCUUCGAAAAAUGGUCACAAAAUGUGUGACCAUUGGGAAAAAUGGAGGUGAUGUUAAAUAUUAUCUUACUGAGUUUUUCUAAUUCUAGUUGAGCUCACAACCUCCUUCCUAGCGGGGGAAGGAGCAAGGAAGACCUUGGGAGCAAAAUCGGGCAAGAAUUUAAGACCCACCUUGCACCUGAAACUUUCCCUCUCCCAUUCUCUGAGACUUCAGCUUCUCAAGGAGGCUUGUCCAAUACACACAAUUGAAGUCUGGUCGUCUAAUUAUUAUUGAAGUUGAGCCAUUGUUUUGGAUGUCAGGAUGUGGUUUCUAGGGAAAAGAGUAGUGUCCACUGUCUGUAAUUGCCAGUUGAGUAGUUUCCUCUGUCAUGUAGCCAGUUCGAUAGGGUGGUCACAUCCCGUCAAGGGAAAUCUCAUCACAAAAAUGAAAAUGCUAAUUAUGUGGAAAAUUUUUUAUUGUUUUGUCGUGCAUCAAUGCCACCAUGUUAUUCUUAUUCUUGGUUUAUUCUUAGUUUGCAACCAAGAGUAAAGCACCGUUUAGUGUUUUUUGCCUACUUGAACUCUACAAACACUUGUAUAACUGCUCACAGAUGAACUGUUAAUAAAAUAUGAAAUAAAUAGGUGUUGCACUGUUAAUAAAUUGUUUUUUUCUGUAUUAUAAAGGGUACUGUUCUCCACAUUGGGGAAAAGCAGAAUAUCGACCCUGCUGGUGGCCUCAGGAAAUUCCAUUUGUCUCACCCUAUGCAGGAAGUAUGUCUUGGCUAAAAUAUUUUGUAGUACUACUCAAUUGUCAUCUAUUCUUUAGAUGACAUAGGUCAAAAUUAAAUUCAGGCUAAAUUUCUUUCAUCCUAUGUUUGAUUCUUCAUCUGCUUUGUUUCCUUGAGUGCUCUAAAGUUAAAGCUAAAAAUGUCCCGGAACCAAAAAUUAACUGCAAAAAAAUCCCAUACUGACUUUUCAUACAGGAUUAAAUGAUUUAACUUUCAAAAUAAUUGAACAUUGAAUAUUUGUGGUUGUUGCAAAUUUUUUGAACAGCAUCAAAAUCUCUGUUAUAGAUCAACUCAUUCUUGCACUAAUAUUUGGAUUUGGGGUUAUAUAUUUGGUCUAAAAAAUAUUUGGAUGUAAAGUUUAGCCAUAUCUUUAUCAGACAUAAAGAAACUUGUUAAACAUUUUCUUUUGACUCUUCUUGAUGAAUUAUCAAUGAGUUUUUGAAGAAUACGCCAACAACAACCAAUCCCACAAUUUUGAGUUAUGGUGACAUCAAAUUUCUAUAGUCUUUAGAAAUCUGCUUAUGUUCCAACUUCCAACUGUGUAUUUUCUAACUUGUCACAGGUCUGUCACAAAAGGCUGGGGGCCGGAGAUUUUCCCCCAACUACUUUCAUAGGAACCAAAACCCUGUUCUCAUAUCACAUUCAUCUAUAUAAUUAUUGUAAAAUUAGAAUAANGAGUUAUGGUGACAUCAAAUUUCUAUAGUCUUUAGAAAUCUGCUUAUGUUCCAACUUCCAACUGUGUAUUUUCUAACUUGUCACAGGUCUGUCACAAAAGGCUGGGGGCCGGAGAUUUUCCCCCAACUACUUUCAUAGGAACCAAAACCCUGUUCUCAUAUCACAUUCGUCUAUAUAAUUAUUGUAAAAUUAGAAUAAGUUUAUUUUAAAUGGUUAUACAUUUAUUUGUAAAAGGUCAAAAUUAAAUUCAGGUGUUCUCAAUUUCUUUUGUCUCCUCGCCUUAAUUUUUCCUGUAUUGGAUGAAGCAGACAAUGGAAAUUGAGAAUCAACGUAGGUAACGUAAUAAAAUAUUUCCUCAAAUACGUAAUCAUUAUUUGCAGGAUCCAGAUUAUCCAAGACGCAACUUGUCAGGGUGAUGGAAUGCUAUCGUUCAUUUUAUCCAUCUAAAACCACUUCAAGCACACACAGUGUACCACCACAGCAGGUCAAUAGUCGCAAUGAAGAAACCAUAACCCAAGAAGCUGGCCAGCAACCUGCUCCACAUAACAUUAUCUAUAUUGUAUUCCCACAAGUGAACAACAGCAGCAAUGUACAAACAGUAACACCAGAAGAUGCAGGCCAGCGUUCUGAUGCAGAUAUUGUACCACCACUACAGGAAACUAAUGACAAGCCAGAAAUCUUAACACAAGAAGAUGGCCAGUCAGAAGUUCUAUAUGCGCUACAAGGUGCUGUUGGUGCUACUACUUCUAUUUUGACCGAGAAGGACUAG